CAACGCCAGACGGCUCAAUCUGCAGCAGCCAGGAAGCGUCCACACCAACACGGACCUCUUCAGACGGACUUCCAAUACCGUGUCAUUCAUCCCCAGCGAUACAGUCUAGGAGAACCUCAGCAUCGCCAUCGACUCGCGAGCGCUGGAACUUGCGCGGCUUGACUAAGGUGUCGUCGCGGAGUGGCGCUUGACAGCAGGCGAUAUGUGAGAGCCUCACUGAGAGGGCAAGGCCUGUCCGAGAGCGGCCACAAGGGCACUGUCAACAGGCGCCGAGGGCCGAGGGGGGGCUUUGUGUCGGAUUGGGUUCAAGCUCCCCAUUUGACCAGAUGGGAAGCUGUAGAUAUGUUGUCGAUAUAGAGAGUGAGAGCAAUAGCUGCGUGUGUUGUGUGAGGGCGGUGGACGCGAUGGAUAGGAGUGGGCUGUCAUCUGCACCAAAGGCGGCGCCAUCACUGCCACAAAAUGGAGGGCUCCUGGCCGUCCUGGCGGGGAUCUGCGAGCCCCUGAUCCCGGCCGCCACGAUAUCAAAUCUGCUUUUCAGACUGCUACAGGGCUUCUGUCUCCCAAAGGUGUCCAUCUGGUUCGACCAGCAGUGCGAAGGAGCACCGAAAGCCUCAUUAUCUUUUGUCUCGCUCACCGUCCGCACCAAGGGGCUCGUGGCGCCAUCAUGACGUCAUUGCCAGCCCUCCCAGGGGCGGGGCUGUCAUCCGCGAUGGCUCAGGAGCUGGAAUCUGCCACCCAUAGCAAGAUGAAGGCACUCGAGGCCUUCAUCUCAAGGUCAGAUCACCGAUUCGGUGGACUCAGUGGUGCACUGCAAUGGUGUGACGUGUCAUGAGGCUCUGUUGGGCUGUCCUGGCGCAUGCAUGGCCAUCUGUGACAUCACAUAGAUGCGCAUUCCAAUGGGCCCCAAAGCAUUUGGCCGUGUGUCAUCUCUGUGUGUGGUGCAGGUGCAACAGUGAGGGUUCUGGCGAUCUCAUGGUGGUCCGUUCGGCGAUAUUCGAAGCUCUCGAGGUGGAAAAUCUCGUCCAAGGCACCCUCAGCUCGCAGCUGGCCCAUCCCAAGGCCAAGAAGACCACCACGCAGACCCCGUUCCUGCGCCUCUCGCCGUCCAGCAGUGGAGGCGGCACAUACGAUGCCGUGACGGUGCUGCGGGACAUCUCGGUGGCCGCGUGGGGCCGCACCAAGGGAGGCAACACGGCCAUUCAGCGGGAGGUGGCCGACAUGAUUGAGAAGAGCCGGCGGCCCGACCCUCAUGGCGGGGGCUAUCCCGUUCACCUGGGAGUGCUGGUCGAGGCGAUGCUCGACAGGCUCAAGUGCAAGAAGACCAUUCGGUGAGGGUCACAAUGGUGGGCGGAUGGCGGGAUGCUGUAUGGUCCUCUGGUGUGAUGUGUUGUGUGCAGGUAUGUGUUGGUGACCCAGUGGGACAUGUUGCUCGCCAACUUGCCGCUGUCGCUGCUGGAGAGACUGACCACCGACUACCGGUCUAAGCUGGCCAUCAUAGGUACGGCGGUGGCCAUUGAGCCGCAGCCGCACACACACACACACACGCCACCACGCCGAUCAGCAAUCAGAGCCCAUACGUGCAUCUCGUCUGCCCGUCCCUUGAUGUGCCUUUGCAGGUCUGCAGACUGUGUCGGACCAUAGCAGUGGAGCCAUGACGCUCGGAAGCUCACACGGUACGCAAGCUACUGCUGGCCCUUACUUGGCAAAGCACGUUUGUAUGUGUCUCCCUGCCUGUCUGCAGGUUCCCCCAAGUACCAGGUCCUCCCCUUCGCUGACAUCGCACUCCCCCCCGCCCCCACCCACCGCCACCCCAAGAAGACCCGCACCAGGGCCACCAAAGCGUCUUCCAGCACCCUCGCACCCAACGUCACGGCGCUCGACGACCGUUCCGCGGCGGAUGGUGAGGAUGACGACGAUGACCUGUACGAGCCGCGCCCCGCCAGACGGGCCGGCGGCAAGUCGUCCAAGGCACAGACGCAGGGCAAGGGCGAGGCGCCCCGACUGCGCAUGGAGAGGGGGGCGACGAAUAGCCACACGCUGUGUGUCGAGAUGGAGCUGGGAGGCUAUGGGCAGCAGAUGGGGUUCGGUGAGGGUGAGGGCAUGGACUUGUGUGACAUGGGGCAAGGGAUGCUUAGCGGCCUCGUCGAGGGCACAUUGCUGAAAGACACUGCAGCGGCGAAGGCCACCAGGUCAGACAGAGGCGCACACACACAAAGAGACACACACGAGAAUGGGCGCCUGCCUUGGUCCUUGUUCAGUGUCUCGCUGUUUGAGUUGAAGAAGGAUCACCUCCCUCCGGGCAUCCCUGUGCACGGCCACAGCACCAUCAAGGAUAACACGGGCAAUGGGCCCGGCACCAAGUAGGCACCGAAGGGAAGGCCCAGCUGCAUCGCCGGCCAUCGCUGAAUACAUGUGUGUGUUGAUUCAGGGCUUGUCUGGCGCACCGGCUGCGUAUGUCGAAGGUCAAGGCGCCAGCCCCCCCGCCCCCGCUGGACAGGUAUAUGUGUGCACCUGCAGCCAGCAGACACACGAGACACCACAGCUAACCUCCCUCCCUGUCUGUCUCUGUUUGUCAGUCGCCGGCCGGGCACACUUUCGUCGGCCGAGGCUCAUGGCACCGACCCUUCGCCCCUGCUGCUAUCCAAGACGAUAUCCAAGACGCCGUCCUUCCCGGCGGACGACAGCCAGGGGGACAACAGCACGCCGCCAAAGGAGGACAGCAAACAGGUGCCAGAGGAGCACAACGAGUACAGUCGCACCGCUCAAGGGUACGCUGACAGGCAGUCAGUCAUGGCAGCCGAGGACGGAAGCCACAGCGACGCCCGGCCAUGUAUGUGUCUCCUUCCUGUCUGCCUGUCUGUCUGUCAGGUCUGUGAGGAAAUCGUUGGCGGCGGAGCUGCGGCGCUCGCGCAAGGUGCUGUCGACGCAUCCCGUCCACACAGCCAUCGCCACCGCAUCGCCCCCCGCCAUGAUGACCAUCGAGCACAGGUGGGCAAAGGGAUGAAAGGGGCAACACUAUCGAUCCAUCAGACGUCAACUUGUUCUCUGUGUCUCCCCACCUUCAUGCAGCCCGGUACCUUCACCCCUCCUGCCGUCGCCCACCGUCUCCCAGCACCACCGCUAUCGGCUCUCCUCGCCCCCCAACCCACCGCAGGAGCCGGACCCCUUCGCCAGCGGCCCCAAUACCCACGGCAUGGUGCUGCGACAGAACCGCAAGAAGCGCACCCGCAGCCCCCUCCCGUCACCCAGCCCCACAGACAGCGACCACCAGCCCCUCCCAAAGGCCAAGCGUGCCGCCGCCCUCCGCCCCAAGUCUCAUGAGAAGGACGAGACGCCGCCCGUCUUCGGUGGCCUGGGGGAGGAGGUGCUGUGGGGGCCGUGGAACAAGGGCCGGGAGGGCGAGAUCGUCAAGACAACAGAGGCGGCGGGCGGCCAUGACGCGUUUCCCAAGAGGAAGAGGGCGCCGCGCGGCAAGGGGAAGAGCCGCCAGACGCUCAAGUGGAACGACCCCCCAGUGCUGGGCCGCCUGCAGAAGAAGAUGGAGGCCAUCAGCCGUGCAUCUGAUUGGCAGUGCCGGCUGGACCUGGCGCGGUGCCGCCUGGCCGCAGAGGAGGACCCCUCGGAGGGCGGCGGCGAUGGUUGUGAGCCGAUGGACAUCGACGAGGGGGCGGGUGCCGCUGGGGGUGCUGACGAUGACCGGGAAAGCCUGGCGGAGUGGCUGGGCAGGGGGGCGCACAUCAUCAUGGACUGAGAGAGACAGAGAGACAUGGAUGGAUGGAUCUGUGUGCUGAUGGGGGAAGGGGAUGUAUAGCAGCCGGGUGGUUGGAUGACGUGUGAGGAUGAGACGGUGGUGGCGGGAGUUGGAUCCUGUGGCCACUGGAGAGCAGCUGCUCCCUGCUUGUACACUUUGAUUCGACCUGCGGGACAGCAGACACCAACGUGUGGCGGACCGACCGAUACGUGCCAGGCCAUGCCCACACGUGAACGAGA